AUGGCUAAAGGGCUAAAGCUUAUCACAAAUGGCGACGAUGCAACCACCCUAACUCAAGCACAGCAGGAACAAGCCGCUGAAGAAAGAAUUACUUGGCCGGAGAUUGGUUGUAUUGGGACAUCUUAG